UUUACAUUUAAGGCAAUACUUAAUUCAUUUUGGAUUCAGUUUGUUGUGGUGUGUCUUCCAAGAAAGUGCUGGAUAAUAUAACAAUCAUUAUUAGGGAUAAGUCCAAAGAAUACCUUCAAAUAUGAAACUAGUAUUAUCAUUGUGCUUUUUAAUAAGCACAGUAUACGCGUCACCAUUUGUCCAAGUGUCAGCUGGAUAUGAUGAUAUCGACACACAAAUCGUAAAAAACGGUCCAUAUUUAUAUCAAAUCCAACGGUCACCCUAUGGAGUCAGUUAUUCAAUACAAUAUAAUCGACCAGCAUCCGAAGAAUUAUACGAAGAGCAACAAGUUGACAAGCGUCCAUAUCCCUACGGACAUGGAUUAUUUGGUGUCCCAGACUACUCAUCCAGCAGUGAAGAAGACCAACAAUUUUUACCACAUUUAAAAUUAGGUCUUGGGGCCACAUCAUCUGAGGAUGUAAAAGAAACCACUACCAAAAAAUCAAAAUCGAAAGCAAAAGUAUCCAAAAAACCUGUCAGUAAGUUUGAUAAAUUCAAGACAACUACAGAAGUUCCAGUGGAUCCAAUUACAUUAAUUAAUCAAAUAAAAGAUGAAUAUGUGUUAAAACAACAACAAAUGCUGGAAGAAAUCAAUGAUAAAGUUGAUGCACUUCAAACUAAAGCACAAACUGAAUAUGAAGCAUUACUUAGCACAGAUCCAGCAGCUGAUACAUCCGCAUUGGAUACAAAAUAUCAACAAAAAUAUAUCGAUUUAAAAAUUAAAUACGACAAUAAAACUGACACCAUGUUAACAAAAUACCAAAGUAAAAUCGAUGCAUUAAAAACACCUGACAUGCCUGACCAACAAUUUAAUUUACUUGAUCUAUCAACUUUUGAUAUAAUCCAAGCAACAACACCAUCUCCAGUAGUACCUGUAAAUUUUGGUAGCUUAGACUUUGCACCAGGUGAUUACAAUGACGCUUUCCAAAAAUCAGAUUAUCAAACACCACUUGUACACAACUUAGCUUUUGAACAUCCUUCAUUAAGAUUAGGAGCAGUUGCUGCUCCAGCUCCAGCUGUAGAGGCCACAACAAAACCACCAACAGUUGCUGAUGUCUAUUGGAAAUCAUUUGGUGCUAAAAUCAAAGAGACCUUCAAUAAAACAAAGACCAUGACAACUGAUUCAACACCAGUAGAUGCUACUGUAAUCGCAGCAGAUGGAUCGAUUGUCCCAGCAGCUCCCACAACACCAUUACCUGCUACUUUCUACAAAACAUUUGGUAAAACUAUUGGUAAAUCAUUCAAAGAUGCUACAGCAAAAAUCAUGGCAGUUGUUAAGACAACCACAGUUGCACCUACUGCAGCAGUUGAUGAUUUAAGUGCAGAUGGCACUCUUGUUACACCAGCACCAACUAUUGAUGUUGCUCCAGCAUUCUGGGAUGAUUUUGGUAAACAAAUUGAAGAUGUUUUCAAAUCAAAAGCUGUUUUGGAUGCAUUAAAAGCCACAACAACAGCUGCACCUGUAACUGGUGAUGUAGUUGAUCCAACUCUUGUCAACCAACAAACUAUUGAUUUAGAUUACACACCAUCUUUUGUACCAGUUGAGCCAAGUAGCCCAGUUACAAGAAAAUUAAAAUUAGGUGUUGGUGCUGUUGAUGACACCGUUGUUCCAGCUGCUGUACCAGUACCUACUGUCCCCGGAAUUUAUUGGAAAACGUUUGGUGAUAAAAUUAAAGAAUCAUUUAACAAAUCAAAAACAGUGACAACUGAUAGUACAGUAUCUGCAGAUGGUGUAACACCAGUUGCACCCACAUUACCACCAACAUUCUGGAUGUCAUUUGGUAAAUCAAUUGCAACAGCUUUAAAUAAUGCUAAAUUUAAAUUGAUUUCUGCAACAAAACCCACACCAGGUCCAUUAAUCACAGAUCCAACAGUUGCUACAACUGCCGCACCCGCAGUUCCAAUUGAUGCUGCAUUUUGGGAUAGUUUCAGUAAAGAACUUGACGCAGCUCUUUUGGCUAAAGCAAUGUUAACGACAACAGCUGCACCAUUGAUUGAUACUGCAAAUUUAUUAGAUCAACAAACCACCGAUGAUUUGCAACAAUUAGAUGACACUGCAGACUUUUCACCAUCAUCAAAAGCAAAAUUAUAUUUAGCUGCUGGUGACGACUCAACAGAUACAUACGCAGAUUCCCCUGUCUUGCCACCAACGCCUGGUGCAUUCUGGAAAAAUUAUGGUGGACAAAUGGCUGGAUAUUUUAUUAAUGCUAAAGGACAAUUAAUUCCAUCAGUAGUGCCACCAUUUGCACCUAUGGGUCCAUAUGCCCCAGUUGCUCCAGGUGUACCUAUGGGACCACCAGCUUCUCCAGGUUUAUAUUGGAAAGGUUAUGGUGAUUCAAUGAGUGGACAUUUUAUUAAUGCAAAAGGUCAAAUUUUAGACACUGUCAGCAAAAUAAAACCAACAUUUGUGCCAUACGUUAUGCCACCAUUCUUUGGACAAACACCAUAUUCAACGCUUAACGAUGAUUCGCAACUCACAGAAAAUGUUGAUCCACAAGAAACGGUUUCAUCAUUUAGCACAUCCAGUGAUGAAAUUAACACUCCAAUAUACAAACAACAUAAACUACAGUUAGCUGUAGGAUCAGCCGAAGACGAUGACAGUAAUGCAAAUCCUGGUGUUUAUUGGCAAAACUUUGGACAAGAUAUCAGAGAUCACUUCGUUGAUGCUAGACAGAAAAUUAAAAAUGACGUAGCCAAUGCAAAAUUUGAACAACCAAUCUAUACAGACGACAUGACUGAUCCCACAUCAAUUCCAGAGAAACAAACUACUUUUUGGACACGAUUCCGUCAACGUAUACAAGAUAAUUUAGGUAAAGCCAAAGCACGUAUGUCAGAAAUCGCCGGUUAAUUUAUUUAUAUUUAGUUUAGUUUUUAAGUGACGAGUAAUUGAACAAUGUAUUUUUUUAUAUAAAAAUUU